ACAGUUUUUCGUACUUCUCAUUUUUCUGGCACACAAAGCUCAGCACUCUAGGACCUUAUUAGAGCAGGAUCUCUCCUCUAAGCUCGUCACUCUGUAUCCUUGUGUUCUAAAGCUCAGCUCUCUCAAGUUUCAACAUAAGUUAUCAUCUCUUCAACAUCUGCAAGGCUAAAUUAGCAACAAAAUUGAGCAUCCGAUGAAGAGUCACCGGUCAACGCUCCUACAGCCAUCUACCCUGAUGCGGGGUCACCUUACAAGUUCAGAGUCCUUCUCAAAACGGGUUAGAAAUGUGAGAAAUAGCCAAGGACAUGAUUUGAGUCAGAUGAGUAAUGUCAGAAUUGGCAUGAUAAAGGGUUGGGAUGGUGGUUUGGCCUCACCACGGCGUGGCUUUCGCGGAGAGGGAGAGGCGUCAACGCCCAGGCUUGAGCGGUUCAAGGUUCGGACCGUGCAGGUCGGACAGGUUGUUAAGGAGGAGGAAAGCAAGUGAUUAGAUCAAAUGGAAAAUCAUCCAUGUACAUCAGUGUGGAGUAUAUAUACAUCGUCCACCCCACCCGGCCACGACUGAAAAAUUAUGAAUUUUUUUCUUCUUGGUUUGGACGAGAGUAGGUCAUCCCUGGCCAAGUUUCAUGUACGUGGAGAGUAAUCUCUCUUAAACGAUGUUAAGGUCGCAUAGGACUUAAUCUACAAGAAAAUCAACGUUUAUUU